AAAUAGUACGGGCCAGAUCGGGCAUUAAACAACGACAAAAUAUUAACUCUGUUGACUUCAAAACGCAGCCUAAGAAUCGCCAACUAGGAGGAGAUGAUUAAGCAGAGCCAAAACAGAAUAAACAGAAGAAGAAGAUUCGGCCAAUGGACGAUGGUUCAGUGCCGGUUGCAGUGGGAACGUCAUCGAGCGUCGAGGAUCCGGCGCCAGGAGCGGAACGCUGAGUAGCAUCGAAGACCGAAGACGUGGCGCAUUUGCUGCCGUUUGAGCCGGAAAAGUUGAUGGCGACAUAGUAGAAAGGAGGUUGAGGAAAAAAGGGGAAAAGGAUGAGGGUGCGAGCUCCUCAAUCUCAUCGGUCAACGAAGAAGGUUCAAGAAGAGGAAUCGCACUGUGAUCGGAGGCAAUCUGGGCCAGAAUCUUGCUCGUGAGGUCACCGACAAGCGACAGGCCCGUUUCUCGAUCUGAGUAAACUACCCAAAGUGUACACUUUGGAGCACAACCGAUAAGAAAAACAGAGAAUCUUUAGUUGUGCACAAUUAUAAUAUUAGUGUAACGCCAGCGGAUGCUGAAGGUGUUUUUUUUUAACCGAAGAUAAAAUCGACGAGCGUUUUUGGGUGACAAAAGAUCUGUUAGGCGCAGAUUCGUGUCGAGUCGAUGGCAACAAAGAAGAUUUUUGAAUAACAGUUAUUUGGAAAGCGUGCAGUUUGUAGCGAGGUUUGUUACUCUCACGAAAUGCUACUCGACAAGAUCGAAAGCGUUUGUGUGUGGAAAAUAUGGAUGCGCGGAAAUGAUCCCAUUAUGAGAAGGUUCAUAUUGGCCGUGUUUAGCGUAUUAAUCGUGGCUACGAACUAUAGUUAUGGAGCACCGACUUCAGCAACGGUGGCGCCAGGAAAAUCGUCUGCUAAAUCAGGGGCCGCCGAUGAAGCCAUUAUUCUAGCGCCGCCUAUAUCACCUUUGGAUGAAAGCCGAAUAGAGCAGGCUUUGAACAAACUGAAGGAACAACUUGGGAAACCUGAAACGUCGGGUGAUGAUGCAGGGUUCGACGGAGAGGACUUCCCAGAACAACAAAUCAAGAGUUUCAUAACAAACAAAAGCGAUGCUAAAACGUCUCUCGAUGAGGAUGAUAAGGAAGCGACGGAUGCUACGACAAAAGACUCACUUAUGUUUGAAGAAACCCAUAACGAUGACCAGAAGACUGAACAAGCAAGCCUUCGCGAUGACGCAACAGAUAGAAAAGAGCUUAAUCCAUUUCAAAGUUUGCCAAUAUCCUAUUUGAAAGAAAGUGUCGGUGAUGAAGACCAUGAAUUCUUCAUUGAAGACCCACAUCGAAUGCACCACUUUGCGGGGCCGGCUUUCCGCGAUGUAUUUGACGAAACGGAUAGUGAAGACAAUUUCAGUUCCAACGAUGACCUCAUAUUGAGAUCCGACGAGCUAUUCAGUCGUCGCCCUCAAAAAGAAUCUCGGUCUGAGGCCGCUAAAGAGGACGAUGGUAGCUCUUUAGUCGAACCCGAAUUAAUUGUCCCUGAAAUCUCUGACGAACCCAACAUCCCAAACCGCGAAACUGUUGUACAAGAAAAAGACGUAUUACAUAUAGACGCUGAUGAUAAUCUUCUUAAGCCGAAGGAAGUGCACAAACAUGUCGAGGAGCCUUCGUUAACCCUUUAUACGGCAGAACUUACUCCCGCAGUAAUUCAGGAUCAUUCCACGGAAACUGUCUCUGCCGGCAGCUCCACUAGCUCUGAGCUAAAACCCACUCCCGAACAAGCUUUCCCGAGUACUGCCACCGCUGCGAGCACAAGCACAACAUCAGAGACAGUUACAGCAGCAGCUUUUGAUCCUUUGCCCGCAAAGAAAAGGAUUCAAUCGGGAGCGCUUGAUGGUGUUAUCUUGGAGAAGGACAGCGUCAUUAUUUCCACGGUUCAAGUACCAAAUUCUAAGGACACGGCGAUCUCGGCUCGUCCUACACCAACAAUAGUACCAGCAUCUACGUCCGCUACAAUUGAGAGAUUGAGCGACAGUGAGUUAAUCAAUGAAACGACUCGAGCAUCAGGUACCACGGAUGGCCAGACUGCACGACCUACAAAGCCAACAACAUCUGCUCCGUCGACGGUUCAAAAAAUUCCUCAGUUCAUUAAGCAGAUUUAUGAAGCGGCCACACAUCGAUUUCCCAGCUUUAUUCACUCCGGAUCGAUAACUGAAUACAGUUCGACCCAGAGUUCAGUCGCUAUUCUGAAUAAAACCGAGAGCCUGCCUUCAAACGACGAAGCUUUCGAUGUUACUUCAACUGUUUUCUCCGCUGCCGCCGAUGAGAGUUCCCCAAACGUGACGAUUGGACCCCAACGGUCCCCUGUAGGAUCUACUGGAGUACCACAGAGCAGCGACGAAGAAAAUUACGGGCAAGCUGCAGGCACUUCCGAACAUAGCACACAAGCCGUAAGCAAAGCACGUCAGUUCGCUGUAGAGGUGUGUCUUUUCCAAAGACUGUGUUUACAGAGUCCCAGCUACAAGGAAGCGCCCACCGCCAAGUCGUCAAGUUGGCGCAAUGGUUUUUUGUGGUCGAAAGAAGUGGCCAAAAGCAAUAGUAAGAGCGAAUCCGACAACGACUCUCUUAUCACAUUCAGCAGCGAUGGUGAUGUGGACACAAUUGGGACUCUGCAGUUUAUUGCCCCAGACCCACAAGGAAACGACGAACUGAAUGAUGACACCGACGACGAUUACGAAAAGGACGAUGACAUCGAUGAGGCAAAACAGGACUCCGUCGUUGGCAAGAAGCCUCAGACGAACUCACCUAAUGCUGGUCGCAAGAAAGUGCAAGCUCACGGAGGCAAAAGAGAUCCUGACGAUGACCCCGAUAAUGAAGAGCGUAACAAUAAUCCGAUCAAGAAAAAAGUGGGAAACACCACGUCGAAUAUUAAUUAUACUGACAUUCUGGCAUCAUUAACGCAAGACUUCUUUGGGGAUCAAUCAAACGACCAGACUGCACACAUUAUUGCAAAACCUAUAUCGAGGCUUAGUCUGUAUAUAAUACCUCUCAAUAAGAGCGGCAGCUUCAAUAACGGAUCGCAUGCGGAGCUACGGCCCCAGACAAAACCAAUUCAAUCGCUAUAUUCAACGCAACUAGGGUGGAAUCAACAGAAGUUAGCGGUACUGCAUCGACUUGCGGGACCAGAUUCAGCAGGAGCAGGUUUUAUGCCUGAGCUUCAACAAUUUUUAUCUUCUCCAACAACAGCGGCACCAGCAGCUGCAGCUCCAGCAGCUUCCGAAAAUGCCUCGUCGACCACUAAUAUUUCCGAGACGUCAACUCUAGGGCCAAUGAUUGUCCAGUCAACAACCUCAGCUCCAGAGGACUCACCAAUAGGCACCUUAGUGAAGGGAAGGCCCUGCGAGGGCCAAGUGGCUACAAGACUGGAUCGCAUCAUGGACCAUUUCCCAGCUCGUCUUCCGGAACUUCACGAAUUUAAACGAAGACGAUUCCUGCGUGCCGCUGUAAUCGGAGGGUUACAUACACUUCGUAGUACGCAGCGAAAUGUGACGUGCAACCUGACCUCUGGUACAACCUAUUGGGGUUAUCGUCUACGCGGACAGCUUGACGGAAUUCUUAAUCUCGGCAUUACUGGUCUUCCUCGAAUGUACCUAAGAUUUACGGGACCGCUAAUCGUCCGGGCCACGUUCAGCGCAUUGGGUAGCGAAGAUCGUCCAGUAUUGGAUUCGGUUGUGGUAGAAGAAUCCCGUGUGGAUGAAAUCCAUUAUCAAAGUGUUCUCGGCUUUGAACAGCCGUUCGUUGAACGGGCUACGAAGUACCUCAUGCAUCGCGCAAUGAAAGAGGAGGUUGUUACCCCGAUUACGGAAGCAAUCCAAGACGAGCUGCUAAGUCCAAAAGCCGAUAAGAGCAAGGUACUUCUAUUGGAUGACGCAUCUCACCAUUAGGUGACCAACCGGCUAUUCUCGGAGGAAUAGCUCGUUGUAAGUUCAGAGUAGCUAGACGAUUGCCUCCCGAGGCGAUCUCCUUUUAUAGCUUCGAAUGACUCAACAAAAUCUCCCGGCAGCUUAACGAUAUAAUGUAGCGACGAGUAUUCAGUACGCACUAACUUAUUCGUAUCACAUGCACACUAUGGCACAUACUUAAAAGGUUCCUGUCAGACUAUCCUAGUAAAAAUGGGGAAAAAAAUGAUAAAGAACAAAACAUCUAAUUUUAUGCACAUGCGAAAAGUAGUGCGAACCAGUCAUGGAGCGUUCCCAUUUAAAAUAAGUGAACGCUUAUGUGAGUUUCGAAAUAUUGGAAAAUUUCCGGAGAACGCACCCAUAUUUUCAUUCUUAUGAAUUUUCGUUCUAUCAUAUGUAUUCUGCUUCGUAUUGUCUUGUAAAUACCGUAUCUUACAAAGGCCAUUAUCUUAGGCAUUCUGAUCGCAGUUGGCAAUAGCGUCCAAAAAUUGUAUAGAGGCGAUAUUCGGUUAGGAACCUCCGAACUAUUGCCGAUCUGACGAUCAGUGGUAGCGGACAACACGUGUUCCGUUUAUGCAUCCCGUAAAAUAAAAUACGAGUGAUUUAAAUGAUUUCAACAAAGGCCAACUAUACGUAGAAGUCAGCGUCGGCUUGAUUAUACAUCACUACUUCGUGCGAUAUACAAGCCCUUCAGAUCAGUCGAAAUUUACAUUUGCUGACAUCUUAACUUCGAUAACUUGCCCGCCGGAAUGAAAUAUGCCUGCAUCAACGCCCCUAAUAGAAAUGAUUCUCAUACUUAACGUAUGUUCGGGAAAAAUGCGGUCAGGUAUGACGUCUCUAUGCUCUAUUAAACUUCAUGCACACCCCAUCAAUGUACACCCGAAGUACAUCACAUAAUUUAUUGACGGCCUCAUGAGAUGUCACUAAUUUAAUCAUUAUGUAAUAUAUUGAUGCGAUAUGUAUCGAAUAAAGAUAUGUUUUCCCGGCAUGUUGUAUUA